CAGAGCAGCCUCAGUGUACUCAGGAGUGUUCACACAGAUCUUUAAAGAGGAGAGAGGACUGUACCAGGACAGGGUGUUCUGCUUUGUCCAUCUGAGUGUUCAGGAGUUUCUGGCUGCUCUUCAUGUUCAUCUGACCUUCUUCUGCUCUGAACUCAAUCUUCUGGAAAAACAAACACCCUCCAAAAAGUAUGAAUCAAGAGAAUCUGCAGAGACACGUUUAUAUCAGAGUGCUGUGGACAGCGCUUUACAGAGUCCAAAUGGACAUCUGGACUUGUUCCUCCGCUUCCUCCUGGGUCUUUCAUGGGAAACCAACCAAGCUCUGCUACAAGGACUGCUGACGAAGACAAGAAGUAGCUCAGUGACAAUUCAGAAAACAGUGGAGUACAUCAAGAAUAAUAUCAGUGACAAUUUGUCUGCAGAGAAAAGCAUCAACCUGUUCCACUGUUUGAACGAACUGAAUGAUCAUUCUCUAGUGGAGGAGAUCCAACAGUCCCUGAAUUCAGGAAGUCUCUCUAGGGAUGAACUGUCUCCAGCUCAGUGGUCAGCUCUGGUCUUCAUCUUACUUUCAUCAGAAAAAGAUUUGAAUGUGUUUGAUCUGAAGAAGUACUCCCCCUCUGAGGAGGGUCUUCUCAGGCUACUUCCAGUGGUCAAGUCCUCCAAGAAAGCUUUAAUGAGUGGCUGUAACCUCUCAGAGAAAAGCUGUGAAGGUUUGUCCUCAAUUCUCAGCUCCCAGUCCUCACAUCUGAGAGAGUUGGACCUGAGUAACAAUGACCUGAAUGUUUGGGGAGUGAAAAAGCUUUCUGCUGGGCUGGAGAGUCCACAUUGUAAACUGGAAACUCUCAGUCUGUCAGGCUGUCUGAUCACAGAGGAAGGUUGUGCUUCUCUGGCCUUAGCUAUUCAUUCCAACCCAUCAUCCCAUCUGCGACAGCUCGACCUGAGCUACAAUCAUACAGGAGACGGGGGGAAGCUGCUGCUAUGCGGACUUGAGGAUCCACUCAGGAGGCUGGAGACUCUCAGCUUGGAACCGGUUGGUGUCGAGUGGUUGAUACCAGGUCUGAGGAAGUAUUCCUGUCAACUCACAAUCGACACAAACACAGUAAACAGAAAACUCCAACUAUCUGACAACAACAGGAAGGUAACCCAUCUGAAAGAGGAUCAGUCGUAUCCUGAUCAUCCAGACAGAUUUGACCGUCCUCAGCUGUUGUGUAACAAUGGUCUGACUGGUCGUUGUUACUGGGAGGUCGAGUGGAGAGGAAGGGUUGAUAUUGCCGUGAGUUAUAAAGGAAUCAGAAGGAAAGGAGACAAAAACCACUCAUGGCUUGGAAGGAAUGAUCAGUCCUGGUGCCUGAGCUGCUUUCAUGAUGGUUACUCUUUGUGCCACAACAACAGUGUAACAUUCAGUCGUCUCCCCUCCUCAUCCUCUGUCUCUAACAGAGUAGCAGUGUAUUUGGAUGCUGCUGCUGGCACUCUGUCCUUCUACAGAGUCUCUUCUGACAGCCUCAAUCACAUUCACACCUUCAACACCACAUUCACUGAACCUCUUUAUCCUGGGUUUGGGCUUCAGAAUGACACCUCACUGAUUAUAUGUGACUUAAAAGAACACAGAGAAAAACUCAGAACUCUGAAAUCAUCUAAAACAAACAUUAGCAAUAAGCUGCCUUAGUAUUUUUUUUUUUUUUUCAAAAGAAAACAACAGGCAAAGCUUUGUUACUUUAAAAUCCUCCUGAUAUGGCUGCUGCUUUAUCUUUAGUUGUGGGACCAAACAGAAAUGGAAGUGUGUGAGGACUGUCCUGGUAUCAAUCUGUCCUUCUAGAGACUCUCGCCUGAUUUCCUCAUCCACAUUCAGGCCAUGAGUAUCACAAUAGCCGAGCCUCAUUAGUUUGGUUUUAGGUUUCAGAAUGACACCUCAGUGUAUUUAAAAGAGUUUAAGAUGUUUUUAAUUAUGAUGGUUCAACUGUGAGUGCCAGCAUUAUCCAAUGAACAGUACUGGCUUUUUGUUAUGUGCCUGCUGUGUAUUAUGGAGGAGCUGUUAAGAAGACAACCAACUCUUUUAUUGUUUACCAAUAAUUUUAGAGCUGUUUUAUAAUGAAAGUCAGUUGUUGGUGUUUUUGAAAAAUACAUAAAUACGUAUGUUCAUACAUAAAUUGUCAAAACGUGAGCUUUGAGAAUUUAUGCAGAAACCCAGCAGAUGAAGCUCUGAAACAAUCGAGCUGCACUAGUUCUCCCAAAUAAAUUAUCCUAGAAAUGUUAGAAUAAGUGUGCAGUCUAGUAAACUCUGCCUUUCAAUGGCUGAAUCAUGGGUAACUGUGGUGUAACACCACAAAAAGGCUCAUUUAUGUCUUAAAGACUUUUAUAGUAUGUUGGAAUAAUUCAUGUUAAUCUCUGCAUCAGAACUUCAAGUGCAAUACUUUUACUUGAAAAGAAAUAACUUGAUGUUAUUUAAGAUUAUGUAGGGUUUUUUGUUAUGGAUGAUGUUAUAUAGUUUCAUGUUUAUUUUAUUUAUUGAGUUUAUUGUUUGAGCUAGAUUAAUUCCACACUCUGCAACAAGCCUAUGUGCCAUGCUGUCUAACUACCACCGGAGGGUAGUGUUGGCCUCCAUGGGAGUGGGGUGGGCUAGGAGAGAUUCAGCUUUGUAUUUAUUGUAUUUAAAAAAAAAAUUUAUGUCCUCUUAAAUCCUAAACGACUUUUAUAUUACAAUGAUCAGAUC